CGUGCUCGUGGACAGAGUUACCGUUGGUAAGUCCGUCGUUUGUGGUAGAAUUAUAGGCGACAUGGGCGUCCACGACAACACAGAUUCGAAGUACAAUGUUAUAGGUACUUCCAGCUUUUCAAAAUUAGCACCGAAACGUCCUACUGCCGUCGUGUUUAACGAGAGUCCCAGCAAAAUUCAAAAACACGAGGACAGUAAAAAUGUUCAGACAGAAAGUGCGGACAGAGGAAACGUUAAUUUACAACAACAGAGGAAAUCGUUACCAGUCUACAGGCUGCGUAAGCGACUGCUCGAAGAGAUUCGGAGGAACAGUACCCUGAUCAUAAUCGGUGAGACUGGUAGCGGGAAGACGACCCAAAUCCCUCAGUUGCUUCUUUCUUGCGGAGUCGCUGGUGCAUCCGGUUGCAUCGGUAUCACGCAGCCCAGAAGGGUGGCGGCUGUGAGCGUGGCGCGAAGGGUGGCCCAGGAACAGGGCGUGGAGACGGGGAAAUUGGUCGGUUAUUGCGUGCGUUUCGAGGACGUGACAUCCUCGCAGACUAGAAUCAAGUACCUCACCGACGGAAUGAUGGUCCGGGAGGCGAUGACCGACGAAAUCCUAUCGGAUUAUUCCGUGGUGAUUCUCGACGAGGCUCACGAGAGAUCGGUGCAAACUGACGUGUUGCUCGGCGUGGCUCGACGGGCGCAGAAUUUACGAAAGCUUAAGAACCUGCCGCCGUUGAAGCUGCUCGUGAUGUCGGCGACGAUGGACGUCGAUAAGUUCGCCAAGUAUUUUCAAGCACCGACGGUGUACUUAGAGGGUCGUCAGCAUCCCGUGAAGAUUUAUCACGCCGUCAAGUCGCAAGAAGAUUAUGCGUUCUCUGCCCUUGUUACCGCCUUUCAGAUUCAUCGUGAUAAUCCUGCCAACGAGGACAUUCUGGUCUUUUUAACCGGCCAGGAAGAAAUCGAAGCUGCAGUAGCGAGCGCAAGACAGGUAGCUAAGCAGUUGGAUGGGCAGGGAUGCCCACCGUUGAAGGUUUUCCCAUUGUACUCUGCUUUGCCGACGCAUCAGCAAUUGGAAGCGUUUAAACCAUCCGCGACGGGAAUGCGGAAACUUGUCGUAGCUACCAACGUAGCCGAGACGUCUGUUACCAUCGGUGGAAUUCGACAUGUGAUCGACACCGGAGUGGUCAAAGCGAGGACUCAUCACCCGACAACGGGAUUGGACGUGCUCAGGGUGGAAAAAGUCUCAAAGGCACAGGCCUGGCAGAGGACGGGCAGAGCGGGCCGGGAAGCGCCAGGAAAAUGUUACAGAACCUACACGAAAGAAGAAUUUGAUAGGAUGAAGGAAAUGCCUGUGCCCGAGAUACAAAGGUGUGCCCUCGCGGGAGUGGCGCUACAGCUGCUCGCUAUCGGGGUGGAUAUCACUACCUUUGAUUUUAUGGACAAACCGCCAAAGGAAGCCGUCGAUGUCGCGGUGACCUGCUUGGAAAACCUCGGCGCCGUUAAAGGUUCUCCGCCGCAGCUGACUACACUUGGCAGAACGAUGUCCUUAUUCCCAUUGGAUCCAAGAUUCACCAAAGUGAUUCUUGCGUCGGUGGAUCAUCAGUGCCUCGAGGAAGCGCUUACAGUCAUUGCGUUAUUGUCAGGAGAAUCUGUCUUCACCGAUCCACCUGCUAAGAGACAACAAGCUUACGUUGCCAGAGCAAGAUUUGCUUCACCCGAGGGAGACCAUGUCACGUUGCUGAACGUUUUUCGCGCAUACAUGAACACGAAGCAGAGGAAGGUCUGGUGUCACGAGAACUUUCUGCAUCAUAGAAAUCUGGAGUACGCCGCGGAGGUGCGACAGCAGCUCGCCGCAUUGGCGAAACGCGCGAAUUUAGAGAAGACGAGCUGCGGUACGAAUACAGAGCAACUGAGAAAGGCGCUCCUCGAGGGCCUCUGUGACAAUCUAGCGGAAUUGCAGAGGGAUCAAACCUACGUCACCGUGAGCUCGAAGCAGCCGGUAGCUAUACAUCCUUCCUCGACGUUACACGGUACCAAGCCACCGCUAAUAUUGUUCACGGAGGUCGUAGCCACUGGAAGAUGUUAUCUUCGUGGUUUGUCCGUCAUCGAGUCCUCGUGGUUGACUGAAAAAGGCCUGAAUAUUGGGAAACACGACUAAGGACCCUUCUUUUCCAUGGGACGAUCCCCUGACAAAAGUUACUGCAAAAAUGGUAACAAUUUCUAACCUUAUUGUUCGCUUUUUACAAGAUCGUUGUAAUUGCGUGAA